UCAAUGUCUUUCGUUUCUGCAGUAGUACAUCACAGGUUCCUUUGUCUCUCAUUUAACUCUGCUACUGUUACUUAUCUUCUUAACUAGCAAAAGAAGUGGACACAGUGAUGAUUGUCCAGACUCAUUUGAUUGUGGAAAUCUUGGAUUUCUCCGCUCUCCUUUUACCAAGGUUGGAUUCCCACACUGUGGUGCAUUGGCAAUUCAAGGUUAUGAUGAUGUUAACAAAACUUCUAUGAAGCAUGUUCAUAAGACUUGUGUGGUAAUUUCCUAGUCAACGACCGUGUCAUUUGGCUUCAUAGGAUAUAUUUAUGUAUUGCAAAGUAACAAGUGUGGAACAAAUUAUGAAACACAAUCAUAGGUUCCUUAUGUUGUCUCAUUUAACUGUGCUACUGUUACUUGUCUUAACUAUCAAAGGAAAUGGACACAGUGAUGAUUGUCCAGAGUCAUUUGAUUGUGGAAAUCUUGGGUUUAUUGGCUACCCUUUUACCAAGUUUGGACUCUCAAACUGCGGUGCAUUGGCAAUUCAAGGUUGUGAUGAUCCUAACAAAAAUGCAAUGAAGACCAUCCAAUUAACCAAAGGAGGAAGACACUUUCAAGUUACAAAAAUUGAUAAUACCUGGUCCAAGGGCAACCCUAUUUCAAUUAUUGACCAUAAUUUCACCAAGCUUUUGACGAAAAGUGCUUGUGAAGUCUACAACUAUGUUAAUAUUACCCUCCCUCCUCCCUCUCCUUUUGGAACUUCUUAUAUCAAAGACAAUAUAACUGCUUUCAAAUGCAACCGUACCCAAAAACAAGUCACCAACCCUCCAAGUAAUUUUUUAAAAAAUAGUUCUUAUCCGAACUAUGAUUUUUAUUUCGGUGAUUCAAUAUCCGAUGGUGAGUCUAAUCGCUCUUUCACGUCAUGCUUGUUGUUUCAUCUUCCUGUCAUUGGAUUAGGCUUUGCACUUUCUGGUAACCCGUAUCCGUUAUUAGCUCAUGAAAUUACCUAUCAGUUUCAACUUUCUGAAGAGUGCAUACAGUGUCACCGUGAUACAAAAGGUCAUUGUCGUGCUCACAACAACGGACAAAUUUAUUGCCCAGGGAAGGGUAGAAGUUCAAAUUGGAAGCUCCGACUGGUUUUAGCUGUUGUGGUCGUGGUAGUUAUUGGAGGUGGAGUGCUUAUAUUAUUGGCAUAUUGCAUUAAGAAAAAGAUCGUCCCUGCAGCAUUUCUUUUAUUCAGGAAGAAGAGUUCAACCAAUCAAAUUAUUGAGGAUUUUUUGAAAGAACAUGGACAUCUUCCAGCUGCUAGGUAUACUUAUUCAGAUGUCAAGAAAAUAACAAACUCUUUUAGAAACAAAUUAGGCCAAGGAGGGUUUGGAAGUGUAUACAAAGGGAAGUUACGUGAUGAACGCGAUGUCGCAGUGAAGGUUUUAAGUGAAUCAAAAGGUAAUGGGGAAGAUUUUAUUAAUGAAGUUGCAAGUAUCAGUAGAACUUCGCAUGUCAACAUUGUUAGACUUUUGGGAUUCUGUUUGGAUGGUUCUAAAAAGGCACUAAUAUAUGAAUUCAUGUCUAAUGGAUCUCUUGAGAAGUUCAUAUAUGUGGAGAAAAAUCCAUUGAAGGGUGAUCACCAAUUGAAUUGCAAAAUACAGUAUGAUAUUGCUGUUGGUGUUGCUCGGGGACUAGAGUACUUGCAUAGAGGUUGCAACACCAGAAUCUUACAUUUCGACAUAAAACCUCAUAAUAUAUUACUUGAUGAGGAUCUAUGUCCGAAAAUUUCAGAUUUUGGACUUGCUAAAAUAUGUCUAAAAAAUGAAAGCAUUGUAUCCGUAUUUGGUGCAAGGGGAACACCCGGAUAUAUUGCUCCAGAGUUGUUCUCUUAA